AUGCGUGGCAGGCCCGAGCCACUCCGCCUUGAGACGGAGCAGUGUGGCCAACCAGGUUUGAUUCAGGCACCUAUCAAGCAUUGGCCAGUGUCCCUCUUCUUCCGCAGUGGCAAGACUAAAGCUGCAAGCCCACCGAAGGUCGCCUCCAGUUCAGAGACACAAGUCAGGCUCCUUGUGCUUGGUUCCACCGGGCAUGGGAAGAGUGCCUUAUGCAAUCUCUUGGUGGAGCCUACCGAGGAGAAUCUUUGGGGAGAGGAUCCAACUUUUCAGGUCGGUGAGUGCCGCCGUUCCUGCACGGAGAACUGUUCAACUCACAGCUCAAAGACCGAGAUGGCCAUGGACACCCCGGGCCUCAACGAGAGCCACGCAGCAGACUUGCCGCACAUGAUCAAUGUCGUAAAAGCAGCAAAGGAGCUUGAACAUGUGCAUGCCGUCGUGCUUGCUAUGAAGAUUGAUUCCCGCAUGGAUAGUCAUACAAGGACACCAUACAGUACUAUCAUGACCUACUGGGCAAGGAAAUCUUUGCGUCAAAGUUGGUCAUUGUGCUGA